AUGCCCCAAUCAAGAGACCAGUUGUACAUUCCAGGCCUUCAACAGCCCUUCGUCUGUCGCAUGGCGACUUUCCCCGUCAUGUUAGCCGCAAUCCCCUUCAACCUCCUAAAGCAAUGGAUUGCACGGAACAUACCUUCAGUCUGGUGGCUCACAUCCCUCCGUGGCCUCAGCGGUAAUCUCUGGGCCAGUAUCCCCGCCGCCAUUACCACCGAGGGGAUUUCCAUAUUUGGCCUCCGUGUCUCGUUCUUCAGUCGACCAUCACUGGCCUUAUUAGACAUUUCGACGGGCGGCAAUUUGUACGACGAAUCUCCAAUCAAGCAUCCUUGGAUCGCGAUCGCCCCGAUGUCCGUCGACGCCGAUACUUAA